CCCAGAAAAUCUGGCCUUUCUUCUUCUUUUGUCGGAGAUUGAGAACUUCAGAAGAAAAUCCAAAACCCAUCGAGCACCCAAACUUUUUUCCGCCUAGGCGUACAAGACAAUGGAUAAUAGAUGGUACAGUGGUAAACAAGAGACGCGAGUUAGAGAUAGAAGAGAAGACGAGGCACAUCAGGCUUCUGUUCUUGAGGAUCUUGCAGAUGAUUUUCGUCUUCCAAUUGAUCAUAGACCGACAGAGAAUGUGGAUCUAGAUGGUGUGGAACAAGCGUCUUUAGACACUCAGUUGACAUCAUCUAAUGUUGGAUUCAGGCUUCUCCAGAAGAUGGGAUGGAAAGGGAAGGGACUUGGAAAGGAUGAGCAAGGCAUAAUUGAGCCCAUAAAAUCUGGUAUAAGAGACCCAAAAUUAGGGAUUGGAAAACAAGAAGAAGAUGAUUAUUUUACAGCAGAGGAAAACAUCCAGCGAAGAAAGUUGGAUGUUGAGGUUGAGGAGACUGAUGAACUUGUUAAGAAACGGGAGGUUAUAGCAGAACGUGAGCAGAAAAUUCAAACUGAAGUGAAAGAAAUUCGCAAGGUGUUCUUUUGUGAUCUCUGCAACAAGCAAUAUAAAUUGGCAAUGGAAUUUGAAGCACAUCUAAGCUCAUAUGACCACAACCACAGAAAGAGGUUCAAAGAGAUGAGGGAAAUGCAUGGAAGUAGCAGUCGUGAUGACAGGCAGAAAAGAGAACAACAACGUCAAGAGAGAGAAAUCGCAAAGUUUGCACAGAUGGCUGAUGCACAGAAGCAGCAGCAGAAGCAUGAGGAAUCUGGUAGCAUCCCAGUCUCUGCUGCAGUGAAUAGUGCUACUGCACUUGCUGAUCAGGACCAGAGGAAGGCUUUGAAGUUUGGAUUUGCUGCAAAAGUCAGCACCUCGAAGAACUUGGUUAAAAGCGCCACGAAAAAGCCAAAAGUACCAGUUGCUUCAGUUUUCAGCAAUAACAGUGAUGAGGAGUAGAGGAAACGUGUGUAUUUUGGAGGAGGAAAUUGUGGUAGAUGAGUUUCCUUGAUCGAGUACCGUUCUGUAUUUCCUGGUCCUCUGUAAUUGUGAUUUGUGCUAUUAUUGACUCUUGUUGUAAAAUGUGUUAUAUAUGGAUCUUUUAGUAUAAUCCGGACAUUUAAUUUUGCACUGCAUGACAUUGUUUUAAAUGGCAUUGUCUGGUU